CGGCUUACACACGGCAUGGACCUGCAUACCAUGACACAGUCACUGGUGACCCUGGCAGAGGACAACAUGGCUUUCUUCUCCAGCCAGGGCCCUGGGGAGACAGCACGGAGGCUGUUGGGCGUCUUUGCAGGUGUGCGGGAGCAGGCACUGGGGCUGGAGCCAGUCCUGGGCCGCCUGCUGGGCGUGGCACACCUCUUCGACCUGGACUCAGAGACACCUGCCAACGGGUAUCGUAGCCUUGUGCACACAGCCCGCUGCUGCCUGGUGCACCUUCUACACAAAUCACGCUACGUGGCCUCCAAUCGCCGCAGCAUCUUCUUCCGCUCCGGCCACAACCUGGCUGAACUGGAGGCCUACCUGGCUGCCCUCACCCAGCUCCGUGCUCUGGCCUACUACGCCCAGCGUCUGCUGACCACCAACCAGCCCGGGAGACUCUUCUUCGAGGGUGACGAGGGUCUCACAGCCGAUUUCCUGCGCGAGUAUGUCACGCUGCACAAGGGCUGCUUCUAUGGCCGCUGCCUGGGCUUCCAGUUCACACCCGCCAUCCGGCCCUUCCUGCAGACCAUCUCUAUUGGGCUGGUGUCCUUCGGGGAGCACUACAAGCGCAACGAGACAGGCCUCGGAGUGACCGCCAGCUCCCUCUUCACCGGCGGCCGCUUCGCCAUCGACCCAGAGCUGCGCGGGGCGGAGUUUGAGCGGAUCACACAGAACCUGGACGUGCACUUCUGGAAAGCCUUCUGGAACAUCACCGAGAUCGAGGUGCUCUCGUCUCUGGCCAACAUGGCAUCAGCCGCCGUGAGGGUAAGCCGCCUCCUCAGCCUGCCUCCCAAGGCCUUUGAGAUGCCACUGGCUGCAGACGCCAGGCUCACCGUCACCGUCUCGCCCCCACUGGCUCACACGGGUCCUGGGCCCGUUCUCGCCCGGCUCAUCUCCUACGACCUUAGAGAAGGGCAGGACAGUGAAGAGCUCAACAGCCUGGUGAAGUCAGAGGGCCCACGGAGCCUGGAGCUGCGGCCCCGCCCCCAGCAGGCCCCCCGCUCACGGUCCCUGGUGGUGCACAUCCACGGUGGCGGCUUUGUGGCCCAGACCUCCAGGUCCCACGAGCCCUACCUCAAGAGCUGGGCUCAGGAGCUGGGCGCCCCCAUCCUCUCCAUCGACUACUCUCUGGCCCCCGAGGCCCCUUUCCCCCGGGCACUUGAGGAGUGCUUCUAUGCCUACUGCUGGGCCAUCAAGCACUGUGCCCUCCUUGGCUCAACAGGAGAGCGGAUAUGCCUUGCGGGAGACAGUGCAGGCGGGAACCUCUGCUUCACUGUGUCCCUCCGGGCAGCGGCCUACGGGGUGCGGGUGCCAGAUGGCAUCAUGGCAGCCUACCCUGCCACCAUGCUGCAGCCCGCGGCCUCACCCUCCCGCCUCCUGAGCCUCAUGGACCCCCUGCUGCCCCUCAGCGUGCUCUCCAAGUGCGUCAGUGCCUACGCUGGUGCAGAGACAGAGGACCACUCUGACUCAGACCAGAAGGCGCUAGGCAUGAUGGGGCUGGUGCGGCGGGACACAGCCCUUCUCCUCCGAGACCUCCGCAUGGGUGCCUCCUCAUGGCUCAGCUCCUUCCUGGAGCUGAGUGGGCGCAAGUCCCACAAGACCUCCUCGCCCUCUGACCCUGACCUUCUCGCAGAGCCAACGCCAGUGCCAAUGCGACGCAGCGUGUCCGAGGCGGCGCUGGCCCAGCCCGAGGGCCCGCUGGGCGGGGACCCAGUCAAGAGCCGGACAAUGCAGGACCUGAGCCUGAGGAGCAGCUCCGAGGCGUCAGACACCUCCGAGCUGUCACUGUCAGCCGAGACACUUGGCCCCUCCAAGCCCUCGGAUGUUAAUUUCUUGCUGGGGCCGGAGGCCGCCUCCCCCGUGUCUCCUGCCUCUGUCCACCCUCAUGUCCAUGUGUUUCCCCCUCCCUUCAUCCAUCAACCCCCACCUGUCUGUCGGUCCCCCUUCUGGAUGCCCCCACGUCCGGGUCUGCCGGUCUACCUCUUCCACACCCCCACCCCCACCCCCGCGGUCCCGCAGGCGUGCGCCCUGGACCCCAUGCUGGACGAUUCGGUCAUGUUCGCGCGGCGGCUGCGCAGCCUGGGCCAGCCCGUGACGCUGCGCGUGGUGGAGGACCUGCCGCAUGGGUUCCUGAGCCUGGCCGCCCUCUGCCGCGAGACGCGGGAGGCAACAGCGCUGUGCGUGGAGCGCAUCCGCCUCGUCCUCACCCCGCCCGGCACCGCCGCGCCCGCGCCCCACCGAGGCCUGGAGCGCCGGUCGGCGCCCGCCACGCCACCGCGCACGCCGCCGGCCUGA